AUAAUAAGAGGAAUAUAAAUAUACAUAAUCUAAUUAUUGAAUGUAUAGAUAAUAUUAGUCAAUUAAUAUGUCUCAGAAGUUACUCGUGAUUCAAUCCUCACUCGGAUAUAACAAAGACAACUAUCUGUCAAUAAAUAUCAAAGUCACAAUCUUCAAUAUGAACUUCAAGACAGUUCUACUGUAUGGAGCUGAAACUUUGACAACUACUACAAACAUUAUCAAAAAUGUACAAGUAUUUAUAAACAAUUAUCUACGCAAGGUACUCAAUGUCUGUUGGUCGGAUACCAUCACCAACAGCCUACUGUGGGAGAGAACAAACCAGCUUUUUUUUAAAUAGAGUUUUGUUCUCUGAGCUGAAUGUUUUAGUUGUGAAGUUUUCAUCGUUCUUCUGAACGACAUCAAUAGCACAAACUUCAGGUAGAAGUGAAGUGUCCGAAUUUCUUCACAUGUGGUUCAUUGUUUGUCCUGUACACCUCGAUGGUCUCCAACAUCUCACAAACCAACUUCCAAUUAAAGAGGAAAUUAGGAAAAGACAGUGGAAGUGGAUCGGAAAUAUAUUGUAGAAAACAUUAAACUGUAUCACGAAGCAAGUACUUGAAUGGAAACGAAAAAGAAGAAAGUCAAAGAACACAUUACCUCGGGAAUUGGGAGCAAAUAUGAAAAGGAUGAAUAGGAAAUGGAAAGAACUGGAAAGGAUCGUCCAGGACAAAGUUGGAUGGAGAAUACUAGUGGUCAGCCUAUUCUCCUUCAUGAUGAGCAACAGAUGUAAUUAAGUAAACUACAAUUAAUCACUUAGUUAACUAAUAUCAUUAUUAGAAAUAAAAAAGAGGAAUUCUAUGAAUAUGCAUAUCAAAUAAUAAUUUAACUUACAGGUUUAUGUAUUCUAUUCUAUAAAUCUUUGUAUGUAUGUUGGGAUAUUUAUGUUUGUCUCUCACUCAUUACUCUAUCCUCUUUUAUCCCCUGUCUUUACUACAUUCUUUUAAGGAAAAAAAGAUAUCUGUAUGUAUGUGUCUAGUAAACUGAUAUAUAUACACUAAUGUAAAUACACACAAACACAAAUCUGUACAUAUACAUAGAUACAAGCAUAUUUGGCGAAGAAUGAAUGAAUGAAUGAAUGAAUGAAUGAAUGAAUGAAUGACUGGGAUAUCUAUCUAUCUAUCUAUCAGUAUUUGUUGUUGUUAUUGUUGUUGUUAUGGUUGUUGUUGUUGUUGCCCAAUUGAUUUUGUAAUCUGAUUUGUUAUUUAAUGUUGUAUCAAUAAUAUGCGUGGGUUGUUUAAAUUUUCAUUCAUAGAACUAUUUUCAUCAUCAUCAUCAUCAUCAUCACAUCACCAUCAUCAAUACAAGUAAUAAUAAUAAUAAUAAUAAUGCAUAAAGGAACUCUUGAUAAUAAUAAUAAUUAAUCUCUAUAGUGUCUUAGCAACAAUUAUUAUUAUUAUUAUUAUUAUUAUUAUUAUAAUAUAAAUAAUAAUAAUAAUCUACCUGAAUGUCUAUCCAUAUCUGACCUUAAUGACUAAUUGAUAGUAGGCAAAAGAGUAUUAUCAUUCAUAUCCAUUGUUCAUAUCAUUUGAUGAAUACUGUGUCAUUUCAAUGUGUGAAGUUUAACCAAAUGUUCUAUUACAGUUAUCUGGGUGGAUAUAAAAUUAUACUCAAACAAGUACUCAGGAAUAAGGAGAAUAUCUAUCAUCUAUUACUAUAAUGGAUAUAUAUAUAUAUAUAUAUAUGUAUGCAUAUAACAAAUAGAUAUAUGGAAGAUUGAUUAUAUUGGAUAUUAAUCAUAAGAAAUACAAAUCAAUUUUUGAUACCUUAACAAUUACAAACUAAUGGAAAAUGCUUAAUGGACCAACUGUCCUAUUAAAAAAUAGUACAACAUCAUUAUGUAAUCCAGUAAUCAAUAAUUUAUCAUCAAGAUCAUCAUCAUCACUAACAUCAACAAAUAAUAAUAAUACUAAUCAUAAUCAUAAUGAUAAUGAUCAAAUUAAACCUGAUCUAUCUCAAUCAUCAUCAUGUUUAUCCACUACAUUAUUUACUAAUUAUUCAAUGCAUCCAAUUCAUAAUCAUUCUAUAUACACUACAAAUCUAUCAUCAUCCAUUAACUAUGAUAAUACUAUUACAUUGAAUCAUCAUAAUCAAGCAUAUCAACUAUCAGAUUCAUUAAAAAGAACCAAUUUCAAUUGUCCUAAUGAUACCUUAUUCAUUAAUCAAGUUAUAAAGGAUAAAAUUAAAUCAUCGGAACAAUUAACAUCAACUAUAAUGAUAAAAAAUGAUGACAUAAUACAGAUUAGACGAAGAUUACCACCAUUAGGUAAAAGUGAUAGUAGUGAAACAGGUCUACAAAUCAAUAAUAAUAAUAAUGAAACUAAUAGUAGUAUUGUUACUACGGCAACUAAAAUUGUAAUUGAAGCUGAUCCUAAUGACAAGAAUAGUAAUAAUAAUGACAAUAUUGGUCAACAUAAAACUAUUGAAGGUGAUAUAAGUAAUGAAGAAAUUACUAGUGAAAAAAUGUUACAAAGUCAAUCAGAUUCAGUGAACAUUGAACAUAAUGAAUUAACAAAAUCAACUAUUCCAAUCUCAUCAUAUUCUAGUCUACGUGAUAUUGAUAAUGAUCAAAAUAUGUGCCGUUAUUGUCAUAAUCGAUUACCAAGUUGUACACAUCAAUUAAAUUUACUCCAACCUACCAUUACCACUACUAAUUUUAAUAAUAAUAAUAAUAGUUUAUCGACCGGUAUGAUGGGUACUCGACAAAAAUCCACAUCAGCUAUACCAUCAUCUUCAACAUAUGAGAUUAGACCAAAUACAACAGGGAAAUUAUCAGAGUAUAAGCAUGAAUCUUAUGAUCCUUUAUCUAAUCAUGAUAAUCAUUCUUAUUAUUACAAUAAUAUUAAUCAUCAUAAUGAUAUAGAUAAUAGUAAAUUAUUAUUUCCAGCAAAUUUCUGUCAUGAUAAUUUACAUAUUAUAACACCAAGUCAAUGUUCAAUUAAUUAUGUAACAAAUGUCCAAUGUUCAUCACCAUCAUCAUCAAAUCUUGCAUAUCAUGAGCUCAAUCAAUCAAAUCUUCCAUAUACUACUUCAAUCACCACCACAACCACCACCACAACAACAACAACUAAUACUACUACUACUAAUAAUAAUAUAAGUAGUAUGAAUGAAAAUAAUCAUGUACAAAGCUUGAAUUAUCUCUAUAGUGAAACAUUUAAUGCUUCAAAUCGUUUAAAUACACAUUGUGAUAGAAGAAAUUACACAAGGGAAACACUUUUGAUACAUACUGACAAUAGUAUUGAUAAUAAUAAUAAUAAUAGUAAUAAUCAUACAAAAUCUUGUAUAAAAACGGAUAGAUCUCAUUCCGAGUCCAUAAGUGGACCAUUUCAACGCAUAUCAUUAUAUUUUACAAAUGAUACACAAAAUAAUAAUAAUAAUAACACUAAUAGUAAUAAUGAUAAUAAUAAUAAAGAGAAACCUCAACAUUAUAAAUCAAUUAUUCGUAAUAGUAUACCAAGUUAUUCUAUUCUACGUGGUACAUUAAGAAGUUAUAUCUCUGAAGCAACAUAUAAAACUAGUAGUAAUCGUAAUAUUAAAACAAUAAAUCAUCAACAUACAAUUACUGUACCAAUAGAUUCAACGAAUUCAUGUCAAGCUUCCUUAAUACCAAUCAAUAAUAACAAUAACAACAACAAUAACAACAACAACAACGGUAGUAAUAAUAAAAGUACCAAACAUACAAAUGAACAUUUUGAUACAAUCAUUGAAGAUAAACAUAAUGAAGAAAUGAUUGUUAAUAAUGAAGUAUCCACAAUAAGACGUAGUUUAAAUUCAACAACUAAUACAAAUCAAAUUAUACAAGAUCCAAGAUCAAGAACAUGUUGUUUUUGUUGGUGUUGUUGUUGUUCAUGUUCAUGUAUGCGUGUACGUGCAAAUCUUGGUGAAUCCAAAAGACCAUCUGCAUCCAAUGAUCCACAAUCAACAGUAGAUUGUCAAAUUUCCGAUGAAAAGGUAACAUUAGAAGAAUUAGAGAAAUGGGCAGAAUCAUUUGAUAUAUUAAUGAGAAGUUCAAGUGGUCAGAAAACAUUUCGUGAAUUUCUUCGAUCUGAAUACAGUGAAGAGAAUAUAAUGUUUUGGUUAGCAUGUGAAGAUAUUAGAAAAGAAAGUAAUUUAGAGAUUGUAGAAGAAAAAGCUCGUAUUAUUUAUGAAGAUUUCAUUUCAAUAUUAUCACCACGUGAAGUUAGUUUAGAUUCACGUGUACGUGAAAUAAUCAAUUCUAAUAUGAUAGAACCAACACCGCAUAUAUUUGAUGAAGCCCAAUUACAAAUUUAUACCUUAAUGCAUAGAGAUUCAUAUCCACGUUUUUUAAAUUCUAAAUUAUAUAAAGAUAUGAUUGAAGAAAUGAAGAAUGGACAAAGUUGAUUAUAGAAGUUCUAUUUUGAGUUUUAACAAAUGUAACUUGUAUACAUUCAUAUUCACACUUACACUGUCACAUACACACACACACACCUACAUACAUACAAAUGAAACCAGUCAACUAAUGAUGAAGUAAUUCUAUCCAUCUUAAUCCCUUGCUCUCUUGCUCUCUCGCUCUUUCUUUCUUUAUCCCAUGAUAAUGUGAUGAUAAGUUUUCAAUCAAAAAUGAAUGUUGAUAAUUGAAAAUUAUCUCUUUCAGUUUUCAUUCACAUUCUCUAUCUCCUUAUCUCUUUCUCUCUCUCUCUCUCUCUCUCUCUCUCUCUCUGUCUGUCUGUCUGUCUGUCUGUCUCUAUUUGCCGCUCCGUCGCUCUCUCUGCAGAGUUUACAAUGAAUUUUGUUUGAUAAACUUUCUUUUUUGUAACUGGUCUGUUUUAAAGGUGAAUUAUUCUGGUUUUCGUCUCGUUUCUUUUCUUAAUUAUUGUCAAUCACUACUGUUACUGCUACUACUAUUACUACUACUGCUACUAGUACUAAUACUACUUAUAUUAAUAUUAGUAGUAUUGUGUAAACUGUAUAUAAUUAGGUGUAAUCCUUUGAAUCAAAAUGCAAAAUCAUGUCCUCAGUGAAUAAACUAUUCUGUUAAUAUCAUUAUACUUCCAUCAUUAAUACUACUUAUAAUAUAAGAAUGGUGUACUUAGGAAAGCCAGUACGAUACCAUAUAGAUAUAUAUAUUGUAAUAUGAUGCCCAACAUUUGUAAUUUGACUGACUGGUGUCAACUCAUUCCAACAGUUUGUUUUCUAAUAUUAACAUUGUCCUGUUCAUGAAGUUACACAAAUACAUACACACACAUGCACACACACACACAUGAGCACGAACGUACACAUACACAAAACCAAAUGGUAAUUUCUUUUUUUUAUUAUUUUAAUUAUUGAUGUCGUACGAUUCAUUCAACACAGGCUGGUUCCUGUAUCUCGUGAUCUUUCUUUAUGUUUGAUUUGAUUUUAUUGUCUCAUUGUAUGUAUCUAUGUAUGUACGUUUGUUGUUUCUUUUUAGAGGGGGGUGUGUGUUGUUAUUGUUAUUGUUAUUAUUAUUAUCAUUAUUACGGUAGUGAUUAUGAGUGUUUGUCGUGUUUAUUUGUCCCUCUUCAGUUGUCUUUUUUUUCAAUAUUAGGCAUACAUUAACCUAUUUAAAUAAGAUCUAAUGGAUUACAUCAUUAUGUUUAUUCUAUUUUUAUUCUUUAUUCAAUCAUACUAUACUUUACCUUAUAUUAAAAUUAUUUAUUUUUUAUUGUUUAAAUUUUGUUUAUAUUCAUGAUGAUUUUUCAAACAAACAAACAAACAAAAACGAUUGAACAUUGAAAAUUGUUCAUUCUGAUGAGGUGAAUAAGGUUUAUGCCAAAAGAAAAGAGAGAAAAAGGAAAAGAAAGAAAAAGAAAACAAAAAAAGAAAAGAAUGAGAAAAGAAAAGAAAAGAAAGAAAAAGAAAAGAUAAACGAUAAAUGUUUGUUUAAAUGAACUUUACUACUAUUAUUAUUAAUCUGUUGAUAGAAUCUAUCAAAAAACUAUUGUAUUUAUGAUUGUUUCAUAAAAUUGUAAUGAAUGUUUUUAAUGUGUAUUCAUUGAACAUUGACAGUAUUUGUUUAUAUAAAUUUAAAAAAGAAGAUUAAAUAAAGUAUAUUCAAUGUUUCAAUUAAAACAAAGAAGACAAUAUACCAGUUUUCUAUUCGAAUUAGUUAGAUAUACAUAGUGAGUGAUAGAAGUAAAAAAACAAAACUUAAAUGAAUCCAUUGUGAAAGAUACUACUUAUUAUUAUUCAAUUCAAUUCAAUCAUCUUUACUCCUUUCUUUUUCUGUUAUCCGAUCUUCUUUUUUGUUUUAUUUUUUUCUUGAUUUAUUUUGUUUUGUCUUUUUUUCUUUCAAUGUUCAAUCAUUGAAAAACAACAACAACAACAUUUUUUUACAUACAAUUUUCUUAAUUUUACACAUUUCAUAUAUAAAAAAGAAACAAAGAAAACGGAAAAAAAGAAAAAAGAAAAAGAGAAAAGAGAAAAGCAAAGAGAAAAAAAACCAUGAUCAAAAUGAUAAUAAACCAUUAGAUAAAUGAAUUUAGAAAAUAAAAUAUAUAGAUACAAUUUUUCAUUGAACAUAUUUAAUCACCAUGUACUCUUUAUUGAUUUUUUUUUUCGAUUUCAGGUUGAUUUAAAUGUUGAUCUAGUGAUUUCACUUGUAAAAACAUCCCGAAAUUUGAUUGUUUUUUUUCUCUCUCUUUUAUUCGCCCUACCUACCUCCCUUCCUAUCCCCCUUUUUCUCUCCCUCCCUCUCACUCUCUCAAUGUAUACAUGCAUACAUUAAUGUAUUAUGAUUAGCACUUUUUUCAACAAAAAAAUAAAAGAAAGAAAAAUUGAUAUGAGCAUAAAUGAAAUGAUGAAAGAGUAAAGAAAAGAAGAAAUAAAGAAAAGAAAAGAUUGUGAAUUAUUUGAAUAGUUCACUGAUAUUAUUAUUAUUAUUCGUUUUUUUUCUUUGUCUUUUUGUUGAAAUUUCUUCAAUUUUACUUUAUGAAACUUUAAUAGUAUUUGAAUAACAUGAAAUAAAAUGAAGUUGAUAGUUGUAAUUUGUCUUACUUUUUAUUUAUUGAUUGAUUUAUUUAUUGAUUUAUUGAUUUCUGUUAUUGUAUUAAUAAAAUUGUAAUCAGAAAACAAAA